UGUUGUCUCCGUUCCACCCGACGCCAUUGCUUCUCCACAACUUCCAAGGCGCGCCGGUCAUGUCAUCCCCCUCUUUUGCCCCCUCGCCGCCGCCUGCUGCCGCUCCUGCUCCCUCCACGCCUCCAUCAAUGCCGCCCCUCCACCGCCCGCCACCCGGCGGCAGCUGCUGCUAUAUCCCACCCUACAGGCACCAUCCUCCGCCUCCCCGCUCAUCAAACCCUCUCUGCCGACCCGAUACGCUGCCAUGUCGGAGGCGGCCGCCAUUCUUCGGUCCAAGCGCGAUCCCGGCGACGGCCCCGCGCCGCCUGGAUCGGUUCCCGCCCGGCCCGACCUUGAUUUGAACAAGCAAACCGGCGACGAAGAGGGCGGCGGCGGAGCUGCCGAUCGCUCGAGAAGGGGCGGUGAAAGCGCCGCCGACGGAACGGCACAGUCUGCACAUGGCGAUGCCGCCACGACGCCGCUGCCUGGAAGGAUUGGCAAUGCGGCUCCACGUGGGAGGGGUGGAAGACGUGGUAGUGGCGCUGCCGAAGGAAGACGAAAGAGGUUCAGGGCUACUGAUGAUGUGCAUACCGAUGAGGAGCAGCUUCGCGAGCACCUCCCUGAAGCUGUCGCUGGACAGACUGCCGGUGCAGGCGACCAUGAUCUGAACAAGGAACCUGCCAACUUGAGAAUAGAUAACAGAGCUGCCGAUAGAUUUGCGAAUGAAGCCACGAUAACGCCACUGCCUGAGACAGCUUGUACUUGUUGUGGUGCUGACUUAAGUGAAAGCCCAGCCCCAACGCCUAGAGGAAAUGACCCCCCACAAGUUAACGUUGAAGAUCAAUCCACAGAAAUGGCGCUGGUGCCAGAGAGGGUUGAAGUAGGUAACUCCCCAAUAUAUAUAACCGGUAAGAAGUUGAGUGUCAAGGUCUAUGUUGGCAGACGAUUAGGUAUGCCCAGUGGAGGAUACAAGGGUCGGAAUGCAAUCGAGGUUGCCCUGAAAUUUGUGCAUCGGAGAAGCAGAGAAGGUAGCUGUGACCCCCCAUAUGAGUGGCAAGUCUAUCAGGCUCUCAGUGGUUGUAAUGGCAUACCAUCGGUACACUACAAGGGUUGCCAAGGAGACUACUACAUUCUUGUAAUGGAUCUGCUUGGUCCUAGCCUCUGGGAUGUUUGGCAUUCACCAGGACACGAGAUGUCAGUUCUAAAGGUUGCUUGUAUUGCCAUCGACGCCAUAUCAAUUCUUGAGAAGAUUCACUCCAAAGGCUUUAUACAUGGUGAUGUAAAACCUGAAAUUUUUUUGCUUGGUCAGCCUGGAUCUGCUCAAGAAAAGAAGCUUUUUCUCAUUAAUUUUGGUGUAGCAUCUAACUGGAAAUGGAAAAGAGGAUCAUCCAGUAUGCAUGUUCAGUAUGAUCAGAGGCCAGACAUAUUUAGCUUCUGUCCAGCCCCAUUCAAACAUUUUCUUGAGUUGGUUACUACUAUGAAAUUUGAUGAAGAGCCAAACUACCAAAAACUUGUUUCUCUCUUUGAUGAUUUGAUUGUCGGACCUGCUUCAAGACCCAUCAGGAUCGCUGGAGAUCUAGAGGUUGGACAUAAACGUGAAAGAAUUGCUGUAAAUCUUGAAGAAGAUGAACGGCCUAUGGAAAAAGUUCGGUUGGGGAGCCCAGCAACUCAAUGGAUUUCGAUUUAUAGUGCUAGGCGGAACAUGAAGCAGCGAUACCACUAUAAUAUAGCUGAUUCAAGGCUGCCUCAUCACAUACAAAAAGGUUACGAAGAUGGCGUGUUCAUUAGUUGUAUAGCUUCUUCAAAAAAUGUGUGGGCUCUCAUCAUGGAUGCCGGGACCGGCUUUUCUUCUCAAGUUUUCGAUCUUUCACAAAAUUUCCUACAGAAGGAUUGGAUUAUGGAGCAGUGGGAGAAGAACUUCUACAUAACAGCAAUAGCUGGAGCAACCAAUGGAAGCUCAUUGGUUGUGAUGUCCAAAGGGACCCCGUACACAAAGCAGUCAUACAAAGUCAGUGAAUCUUUUCCUUAUAAGUGGAUUACUAAAAAGUGGAAAGAAGGUUUUCAUGUAACAUGUAUGGGUACUGCUGGGAACCGUUGGGGUGUUGUCACGUCGAGGAACACGGACUACUCCUACCAGGCUGUUGAGUUAGAUUUUGUGUAUCCAAGUGAAGGAAUCCAUCAACGAUAUGGCGCCGGUUACAGAAUAACCUCAUGCGCAGCCACCCCUGACCAAGCGGCUUUUAUCAUGAGCAUAGCCAAGGAGUCCAAGACGAAACCAGUGGACGAAACUUUUCUGACUUGUGAUUUCCCCAGCAAGGCUACAAAGGAGCAAUGGGCGAAGGGCCUAUACAUCACCUUGAUCUGCCACGGGCGAACCGCGUGUUGACCGCCGCGUCGAGCCUCUAAGGCGAAUACACUCGAGUUCUAACGUUGGCCUUGGUGGGAUUUUUUUGGGCCUCUUGCAGUAGUAUCCUGCUUUUAUUGUAAAGAGAAAUUGGUUAUCUUUUCCUAUCAGGCUUU